AUUGUACGCAUAUAAAACACGUCAAACUCUUGCAAAAUGCAGGGAACGGCAGCGGUUUUGGUAGUUGCGUUGGCGCUCCUAUGUGGCUCGUCGCCAGCGGCCGGAAAAUCGGAUCCGGGCAUUGUGGACGUCCUGGUGAACACGGACCUGCCCAGCAUACGGGAGCAGCGACCGCUUUUGGCCAACACGAACAUCUACGCGCAGAUCAAGGGCUGCAAUGUGGAAACGAACCUCACCAUCACCUUCCGGCUGACGGAGCAUCCCUGCAUCUACGAUGAUCGCGUGCUGCAAGCCAUCUCCCAGGAUAGUAAUCUGCAGACCAACAAAAGCAUCAAUAACGUCAUCGCCGAGAUCACCAAAAUAUAUCCCUGCACUGGACUCAUUGUGCUGGCAACAAAUAAGGACAAGCUGGUGGAAGGAGCAGCUCCGCCGGAACCAAAACAUCCCAUGAUGGAACACAAACAUCCGCUUUCGCCGACAACAAAUCCGGUUGCCAGCGUCAAGGAGGAUGGCAUCUACGAGAUUGAAGUGCUCAUCACGGUGGCCAAUAACGCUCGGUUCAGCGCCGUGGUUCACAUAGAGUUCCUGGGACCGCACGGUUAUAUCUCGGCCAUUGACUGGCCAUUCCUGCCGUUCUACUUGAUCAUGUGCAUUGUUUACGUGAUAUUUGGAAUCAUUUGGCUGUUUGUUUCCUUCUCUCAAUGGCGAGAUCUGUUGAGAAUUCAGUUCUGGAUUGGUGGCGUCAUACUGCUGGGAAUGCUGGAGAAGGCCUUCUUCUACGCCGAAUACCAAACGCUGACGAACAAGGGAGUUGCAGUUCAGCAUGCAGAGCUGGUCGCCGAAUUUGUGUCCUGUGCGAAGCGCACCUUGGCCCGGAUGCUGGUCAUUAUCAUGAGCCUGGGCUUUGGAAUUGUGAAGCCCCGUUUGGGACCCAUGUUGCAUCGCGUUGUGGGCGUGGGAACCCUCUACUUUGUGCUGGCCUGCGUGGAGAGCUAUUUGCGCAUCACCAAUGUGAAGACCGACCGCAGCGAGCUGCUGGUGGCGAGCAUACCCCUGGCGGUUCUGGAUACUGGAAUUUGUUGGUGGAUCUUCACCUCGCUCGUGCAGACCACCCGAACACUCAGGCUAAGGAGGAAUAUGGUAAAGCUGUCGCUGUACAGGCACUUCACCAACACGCUGAUCUUUGCUGUUAUCGCUUCCGUCAUCUUCAUGCUGUUUGCCCUGCGUUUGCGUAGGAUCGAGAAUUGUACGCCUGGUUGGCGUGACAUUUGGAUUGAUACUGGCUUUUGGCACAUUCUGUUUUCGGUGCUGCUGCUGGUGAUUAUGAUUCUUUGGCGACCCACGAAUAACAACCAGCGAUAUGCCUUCACACCGCUACUGGAUAAUCCAGAAGAUGAAGACGAUGAGGAAGAGGAGGACCAGUUUGUGGCUGAUGCCUACGGCGUGAAAAUGCGCGGCCAGAAUGGAACGCCAAAGACGUCAACGACUUCACGGAAUGCCACGACCACCGAGGAGGACGACCUGCGCUGGGUGGAGGAGAACAUACCAUCCUCGAUGGCGGAUUCGGCUCUGCCCAUCCUGGACUCGGAUGAGGAAAUCAUCAAUACCAAGUUCGAGGUGUCGAAAAUGCAAUAAUCUGUGACUUUCGCUGGACCGAAGAGACUAUGCAUCUUUUGCACACUUACACAUCCGUGUCACCCGCCAGCAGCCAUUUCCCCAACUGCUAUGUGUUUUUUAUUUCCAUCCGCCAUUGAGGAGGGAAGCCUUUACUGCUGGACAACAUUGCCGUGCUGCACUGACACUGAUCUUCCAAUUUAGAGACACUGUUGGUCCGGCCACGUCUUCUGAUCCCGUGUAAAAUAUUGUAUGUAAUCGUAGUUCCUUCUACGCGCACGUCCUCCCCUCUAAAUAAAUCUAACUUAUUCAUAAUACCUAGCCUAAGUUGUAGAUAUCUAUGCGUGACGAAGCGUAAACAUAAUUUAUAAACUUCGAUUUCAAUUCUAAUGUUGAACCCCCGAGUACACUCGCUAAUGUGUAUGAGCGAGCUAAUUGUUGUCGCCUCUUUGUAAAUAGCUGGUAACACAAAAUACGAAACGAUAUAUAUAAAUGUAACGAGUAUUCUGUAUUAACUACGAUAAAACGCGACUAUGCAAUGUCGUGGAAAAACUUUAACUUAAAACUGCUGAUAAAUGAGAAAAUUAAAUUGUAACUGUCUAAGUAUGUAAGCACACAAUCACUUGCGUCACACCUCAACGUAUUUAAUUGCAUAUUUUUAAUCAAGCGGUUUAAGAAUUUCAUAAAUAAAUGCAAUCGUAUCUUAAAGGUA